AACGCAACAAAAAGAACAAAAAUACAAAUCAAACACUCACUCUGGCUAUCGCAGCUCUGUCUCUCUUUGUCUCUCUCUCUCUUCAUUUUGGUCUUCUUGGUCCGCCGUCGUCGUCACUCAUCGUCGCUGUUUUAUUCCCUUGUCGUUCGUUUUUUUGUCUACAACAACUUCAACAAAGUCUACCACUCCGAAUUCUCGAUACCUCCUUCGAGAAAUCCGCAUCUGGCCCCCAAUUGGACUCAGCCACAUUCCUAAACACCGCCCAAGAUGCCGUCCCACGCCCGCCGCCAGUCGCAUUCCUCGAUAGACCGAGUCUUCGACCUGUUGGCCGAUCUGGAAGAUACACAGAUCUCCUUGCUCUUGGACGACUUCAACCACACCACUCCGAGCAAUGUCCCCGUCUCGAAGGCUAUUGACCUCUUCGAAACCGAUCCCAAGCGGAAGGCAAAGCGCAGCUCCACCAUCAGGUCUUCCUCCCCGGUGAGGAACCUCCAGACCGAGCUCGAGCGAAGGCACAGCAGGAGAGUUGCGGCCAAGGUUGCUCCUCAGCACCUCACAACCCAACGACCCCAGGCCAAGUCAACGACGCCAUACAUCACCACUCCCAAUGACCCCUCAAGGAGCCUGUCAUUUUCGUCGUCUGCCUCCGAGUAUUCCGACCGUCCCGUGACGCCGACCGACGUAUUCCCCGCGCCGUCUUUCCGCGCCCGCUCUUAUAAGCGCAUCAGCAGACCGACUCUACUCUCCCCAACAGCCACGGCCGAGCUUCACGAGUUGUUGAUGGCCUAUCUCUACGGAACUCCAAGCUCGUCGAACCUGACUUCCGCGACCACCUCGAGUGCCCCAUCGCCCACAACCCCCGACCCAGCUUCGCGCUUCUCUCCUUUCUCGUCUUCUUCUUCUUUCAUGUCAUCAGCGAGCCGAGCAAGAGUGGAACCAGAACCAUUUUUCGACAUGUUUGAGCCCUCGCCUGCCCGCGCGCCCAUUUCGGCAUUCGGUUCUUUUGGUGGACGGACAAGAGCGGAGCCGGCAGCGAAUAUGAGUGGCAUAUUUGAAGUUUUGGCCUCUCAUUAAGAAAGCUUUAGA